ACGUCUCCCCUCUCCAGAGUUGUUUUUUGCACAGAGGGAGCUGCUUAACAGAGAUUGCGGGGCUGCUGUGGAGGGUUUUUCUUGUUUGUCUCUUUUUAAACCGUAGCUGUAACGAUUUGUUUUGUAGGUCGCUUAAGCUAUUUUUCCGCACUGGUUGUUUUUAAAUAUAGCUAGUUAGUUACACGUUGGUUGGUGUUUAUUAUUAUUUUAGCAAUUUCAAAAAAAGACAUGAAAAGUUUAGGCCUUUUAUUAUUUUAAAAUUUAGCGUUAUAAGUAGAUAUUUAGUCAACUGUGGAUAUAUUUUACCUAUCAGCUAUGUUGUUGACCGACAACCAGGUCAGUCUCAGUGUUUUUACGUCUGUAACGGACACAACUGAUGAACCGAUCCGAGCUGCGGUCCCCCCUUCAGUGGAGCUCGGACUAACCGUUGUGUAUACGAUUCUGUACUCGCUGCUCUUUGUGUUUGUUUACCUGCAACUCUGGCUCAUUUUGCACUAUGGCCACAAGCGCUUCAGCUAUCAGAGCGUUUUUCUGUUUCUCUGUCUGCUGUGGUCAGCGCUGAGGACUACGUUGUUUUCUUUUUACUUCAAGAACGUUGUUCAGGCGAACCAAUUACAGCCUUUGCCUUACUGGUUUUUGUACUGUUUUCCCGUAUGCCUGCAGUUCUUCACACUGUGUCUGCUAAAUCUGUAUUUUGCACAGGUAAUGUUUAAAGCCAAAGCGAAGUAUUCUCCAGAGCUUAACAAAUACAAGGUUCCUCUGCGGCUGGGCUUCCUGUUCGCCAGCCUCUUCUUCCUGGUGGUGAACGUGACGUGCGCCAUGCUGGUGCAGGGCAGCGUGGGGGACGGGGAGGUGAGGCACGCCGUGCUGGCGCGCGUCCUCAUCAACGACAGCCUCUUCGUGCUCUGCGCCAUCUCCCUCGCCGUCUGCAUCUUCAGGAUCGCCAAGAUGUCCUCCGCCAACGUCUACCUCGAGUCCAAGGGCACGUCCGUGUGCCAGGCCACGGCGAUUGGGGCGGCGGUCAUCUUGCUGUACACCUCCCGGGCCUGCUACAACCUGGUGGUGGUGGCCCUGUCCCCCGAGCACCGGCCCAACCCCUUCAACUACGGCUGGUACAACGUGUCAGAUCAGGCCGAUGUGGAGAUCACCGGGGAGGCCUACAUCGUGUUUGGGAUCAUCCUGUUCUUCUGGGAGCUUCUGCCCACCAGCCUGGUGGUGGUCUUCUUCAGGGUCCAGCGGCCCAAUCAGAACCUGGCCCCGGGAGGGAUGAUAAACAGCCACAGCUUUAGCUCCAGGGCGUACUUCUUCGACAAUCCGCGGCGCUACGACAGCGAUGACGACCUGUCCAGGAGCAUCACCUCCCGAGGGGACAGGGGCAGCAGCAUACAGUCCUCCACACCCCAGCCCGGGCCCAGCUGGUACGGGUCCAUACAGAGGACGGGCAGCCUGACGGGCGUGUCGCACCUGCUGAACGGGCCGCCCUCCAGCACCGCCCCCCUCCUCCUGGCGUACGGCAACCUGCAGACCAACCAGCACCACAACUACUACUCCACGCCCCAGAACUACUACUCGACCCCGCAGAACUACUACUGCACCCCGCAGAACUGAGCCCCCCCGCCCCGCCCCGCCCCGCCCUGGUCGCCCGGCGAGGGUGCUCGGUGUAUCCGGCUCGCGGCUCGCGCCGCGCCGUGCCGCAGGCCUGUUAAAAGCGCAUAUCCGACCGGCUCAGCUUGGCCACGCCCCCCUCCAUUCCACAGCCCCUCCCCCCUUCUCCGCCGCCCCUUGCCGCCUCCUCCUCCUUCCCAGGCUGACGGCGGUCACCAUGGCGAGGACCCUCUGGGGCAGGAAGUUUAACAGAUGGGACCAGGCUGGGGGGCAGAUGCAGCCCCGUAGGGGGAAGAUCCCUCCCCCCCCUUGUGAGCUUGUUUAUUUGGCUGUUUUAGCUUUUUAUUCCUUUUCCACUGUAACUUGGCAAAUUGUUUUUAAAGAAAAUGAUUCCAGAGAAGUUAGUUGGACAUUGUAAUAAGAAAAAAAAAAACUGUAAAGACUAAUUGCAUUUCUACUCAACAUUUGGAAAUUUGAUUUCCUAUGAAGUCGACCACUUUCUUGGCUUUUUCCAGAGCGGAAAACAUUCUGAAACCUAGAGUCUUCUCAGACUGUCAUGGACCAGUCUCUGUGGUGUCGACUUGCCUCCUCGCCCACCACAAAAAUUUUCCCCACUUGUCUCUGUUGUCGAUUCUGUCCAUGCAGGCAGCACCUGUUCCGGAAGCUUCCUGCACAGACAGGCUGUGUGCCCUGAAAUGGGAUGCAAUAUUUGCACUUUGAAACCUGUUCUCGUGGCCCUGAUUAAACUGGCUCAUGCCUUGAAUGUGGAGGCAGACCCUCUCUGGAUUCCUGUUUCAGGAGAACAUUCCCAGCAUCCCCUCUGGCAAGGGGUCUGGCGAGUUUGGCACGGACGAGCCGUGGCACUUUGGCGUGCCGACGCCGGCACCUCGUGUGCCUGGGUGCGCUGCGGCUUGUGUACCGUAUCAGAAGCCAGGAGAGAAAAAAAAAAAGUUAAAUGUUGACUUUGGUGCGCGUGAGUCCUUUUUUUUUUUUUUACAGUCAAGACUGCAGGAAGGAGAACCCUCUGCCAAAGAGCACAGACCGUGACUGGAGCUAGGCCGAAAGCUCAAGCCUGGACCUUUCCUGGAAACGUGUCCCCUCUCCCAGUGCAUGCCCUCCAGCUAUUUCCAAGCGGGUGCUCCAUGGAGGGGUGGGGUCCAGUGGGAAGACGUGUGUGAUGAAUGUUGUGGAUUCAGUAACAUGAAUGUAUUGGUUUGGGUUAGCACUCAUCUUCAGCAGCACUGAUCCAUAGACUAUGUUACUGUGUUCCAGUCUGAUACUUCUUUCCUGGAAGGACUUGUGUAGAUAGUGUCGGAGAAGGAGGCUGAACACCAUUUUCCAGUACGUAUCUCUCUCGUAUGUGACAUUAUACAGUAGCUAUCUGUAAUGUGGUAGUUUACAGCAUCAAGCUCUUAUAGAAACAUCUGACAUUGUGCCAUUGCUUUUUUUUUUUUUACUAGGAGAAUCUGUUGCACAAAAUGCUGUACAUAUUUGAUAUUUAAUAAGCUUUACUUAUUCAACUUUGUUUCUGUUUAACUGAGUUAAUAUAGUUGGGCUCUCCCGUUUGGUGCAAGGUUUCAGUAAACACUGCAAUAAUUGGUGCAUGUAUAUAGGGUCGAGUUGAGAUGUGCGUGGGGUGUGUGUGCGUUCGAAAGCAUACGUGGGAGAGUUUCGGAGAGCUGGGGAACCGUAGGUCUCAUGUACGCCAUCGAUGCACGUUGCUAAGCAGUGUUUUGCACUUCUGCAAAAAAAAGUUGUUCUCAAAGAGUACAGAGGUGUGAGGCAGGCCUCUGAUUGCUGCCAGUGUGAAACCCCAAAUGUCUUUUUAAAAUUUUUUUUUAAUCGUCAUUUCCUCCCCACUUCCCUCCUCUUGUUAUUGCUAGUUGAACUGAAGUGUCGUCAGACCAGCGCAGUCUCUGGGCGAAUGCGAUCGCGCGUCUCGCGUCUGACACGCGAUCGCGCGUCGUCGCGCUCUUGCGUGGGUGACGCGUGACCGUCGUCCCGUUGAGCUCUGUUUACUGCAUGCUGCGGAGAGGCGACUUCCGUCACCCCUCGGUUGAGUCUGGAGAAGAAGGGUCCGAUUCAGCCUCUUCUUCAGAACUCCCUCAAACAUUCAAAUCUCUUUUCUCUCGAAGGACCAUAGAUCACAAAGCAGCCUGGUAGUUGCUUAAUUUUCCUCUUUUUUUCUUUUAAACAAAAUUGUUUGCAGGGUAUGGGGGGGAAGGCAAAUGGUUGUGUAAUCAUUUUUAACUAUCUCUGAAAAAUAGUAUUUUUCUGUUACUGUCAGUUAACAUAGUUGAUUAAUGUGAGAUGGUCAUGAGGGUGGGGGUUGCCAGGUCCAAAUUCUGUCAGAUGGCAGGAAUGAGGUGGCAGUUAUUAGGACGGGGGGUGGGGGAUCCAUGCAUUCCAAUUAUGUGGGCUUCAUCACACAUACAUCUGAGAAAUUUCAAGUGUUCUGCGUUAUGAGAACAGAAGAUUUACCACCUACAGUAUGCAGUGGAAUUUCACAUAUGUGGGUUUAAAGUAUUGUUUUGUUUUUUGUUUGGUUAUUUGUUUCUUUGAAGUGUAUUACAUCAGGUUCUGUUUCUGACACAUAGUGAGGUGAUAGCCUCACUUUUUUUGUUUCAUUUUGUUCGUGGCCAAUGAAUGUAACACGUCUAUCCAUAUUUCAUAGUUCACUAAAAGCUGUAUGCAAGCACUACCAUGUUAAAAUAAAGUUUUACUGCACUGUUUUAAA